CCAAUUUCUUUGAUAUUAUUUUUUUCCCUGACUAGUUUAUUUUUGACAAGUUGUAUUUGAUAUUGGUAUGAGGAACGCAAGAAGAACUGGUCACCAGACCGAAAUAUGUUUAAAUGAAGAAGAGAAUAACGAGAUCCGGACAGAAAGUGACAGCUAAACUUUUCAGGAGCUUUACAAAGUCAUCAAAAUCUUUAGAAGUACCAGCGUAUGGUUCGAAUGGCCCUACUCAUCGUGAUAUGCAGAAUAUCUCAUCGAAUGUAGAAAUUUCAAGAGCCCAUGACUUCAAUGAAAUAACUCCGGAUGAAAUUGGUCGUCUGCGUCAGCAGGUACAAGUGACAGGCUCCACACCAACUUCAAUUAUUCAUCUGACUGUUCUUUUAAAGGUGAAGGAAUUGACAGAGAAAAUCACACUAGUGGAAAAUGAAAACCAUCUGAAGGAUCGUCAAUUGGAUAAUCUGCGAAUCGACAACGAGAGGAUCAUUUCUGAAGUUAAGAAGCAACAGAGAUGCAAUCGUAAUCUAAAACAACAGCUGGACGAUGAAAGGUUUUUUUACGAGAAAGAGAAAGAGCACUUCUGCCAGGAGAUGGAGAACCACAGGAUCAAGUGCAUUGGUAGCACUUCCAAGCUCCAUCUCCAGCAGUAUAGGGAGUUGGAGAGGAUGCGAGAGGCGUUGGAAGAGGAGAAUAAGGAGAUCAGGGAUGAAUUAGUGGUGAAGAAUGAAACGACUUAUAAUUUGUGUAUCAAAUUUUUGAGGAUGAAGGACGCGAGGGACGUGUUGAGCAUGAAAUUGAAUGGUUUGUUGAGGGAUCAUCUCCAUGUGAUUGCUGAAAUGAUGGAGAAAUUGGAUGAGGCGAGAGAGGAGCUCAAUAUCAUUGUUUCCGAGAAGUUUCAGGAGCCGUUGCCUAUCAGCAAAGCUAAAUUCCUUCAGGUAGUCCAAAGAAAUAGCAGAUUAGUGUACGAAAAUGCUACCCUUAAGGUUCACAUUCAACAAUUAACCCUGAACAUUGAAAAGCUGAAGAGCCAGUCACAGAAACCGAAGAUGAUCGAUAUAGACACCCGAACGAUGGCUAAAUUGAGUGCUUGCAACAGUAAAAAGAGGAAUAUUCUAGCUGAUAAAGAAUUUUCACAUCUAUCAUGUAAAAAUGAAUCCUCGAAACACUCAAAAAAGCCCCAGAAUUAUUUCAAGAGCCUAUCACAAUGCCCAAUAAAAACAGACCAGACAUCUAGUGCUCCAGGAAUUAUCCAAAAAUCGUGUACAAAAAAGAGAGAAGAUAUGUUGAGAGAAAGUGACGACUCCACAAAAACAUUUGAUAAAUAAUUCCACACAGGUUCAACAUAUUCAAAUGUUCUCAUUCAUUGUCUAUUUUUGAAACUAGUGCUCACUCGUGUUUUCUCAGGGUAAAUUUGUCUUCUAAUGGGCGAAUUCUUCAAUAUAAUAUAGUUCUAUCGUUAUUAUUGCCUUCACAAUCAGAAGUGCGAAUCAUUCUUCAUUUAAUCACCAAUGACAUCAAAAUAAUAACUGAAUAAAAAUGAACCAUAACUGGUAAUUGUUGGAGAGUCAAGAGGGAUGGGCAUCGACGUCGUUGAAUUUUAUUCACCAGAUAAGAGUAUUUAAUUGUAAAUAAACUAUUAGUUUCUAAAUAAUUCUAACUUUUUUCAGUCAGACUGAAAUUGGAUUAACUCGCAAGUUGAUUAUCUGGUAUCAAAAUAAUUAAAUGGUGGGGGUGGAAUGGGGUGUGAAAGAGAUAAUGGACUUUCUGGCAAUUAUUUCGAUCUCUUUAUUCUUAUUUUUUUUU